AUGGCAGACCAACACUUGAUAGUGGCCAAAAUCGUGGCCAUUGUGGUGCUCCUGCUGGUGACCCUGAUCUUCUGUUUUAUUCCUUAUAUCCUCGAUCGCUUUUACAAGUGGACAAAGCGACCCGAGAACAAUGCCCGGGAAUUCAAGGUGGUGCUGUGUCUCCUGAACUUUGGCGGUGGUGUGCUAAUAGCCACCACUUUUAUUCACAUGCUGCCGGAGGUGGUGGAGGUGGUGAAUGCUCUCCAGGAUUGCCGGAUGCUGGCCUCCACUCCCUUCGGCCUUCCGGAGGUCCUCCUCUGUACCGGCUUCUAUCUGAUGUACUGCAUCGAGGAAAUUAUGCAUUUCUUGGUCCGUCGACGACAGCAAAGGAGGAAAAGAGAGGUAGCUGUGGAUGUGGUGACCAUUAAGGAGGCGGGCGAGGAGGUGGUAGUCCAAACUGGAGAAGAAGAAACCCCCAAGGAGCCCAACUGGCUGCGUGGCCUGGGAAUAAUCGUGGCCCUCUCCCUGCACGAACUCUUUGGCGGAAUGGCCAUUGGUCUGGAGAUGAGUGUGAGCACGGUGUGGUUCAUGACCGGCGCCAUUGCAGUCCACAAACUGGUGCUGGCCUUCUGCAUCGGCAUGGAGAUCAUGAUGGCACACACUCGAUGGCUGCUGGCCGUCGUUUACCUCCUGGUCUUCUCGGUUGUAACCCCCAUUGGCGUGGGCAUCGGAAUUGCUGUCAGCGAAUCCGCCGAGGCUAAUCAACCGAGCACUGUUUCGGGAAUUCUUCAGGGCCUCGCCUGCGGUACUCUGAUCUACGUGGUCUUCUUUGAAAUCGUGGCCAAAAACCAUGCCGGCUUACGGGUCCUACUCUCGUCUGUCGUAGGAUUUGUCCUGAUGUUUGGUCUCCAGAUAGCAAUUGGAGAAGCCAGGGGCAAAAGCCAUUUCACAUGUCCUUAG